AUGAAGCUACCCCCCAUCUCAGCUGAUCGCAAGCGAACACAGUCCGAGAUGGAUCUGCCCUCGCCACCAGUGACCCCGUACACGGGCGCCAAGAAGCGACGAUCCCACACGGCCGACCAGAUUGAGCGGGAUGUCGAGGGGAAUGCCUCGCGAGAUCCCGUCCUGUUUCCUCGCCACGAUUCCGUGGCGCGCGAGGAGCCUCCCCUCUUUGGGCCGAUCCCUCCUCCGGCCGCGGAGGCCCUGGUGGAGCAGCAUAUCAAUUCGCACAUGGCCAGGUUUGACAACAAGCGGAACAAGCCGACUCGUGAUGAAUACCUUCUGGCGCUGUCGUGCGUGCCCAUUGUCUCCACACAGUACAAUCGCAACCCAGCAGCCUGGGCUCGUGAGGAACGGGAAACACUGGAGCGGCAGCUGGUCCUGAUGAACCGCUACCGUCCACCGGGUGAGCUGGAGGCCAAGCUGAAGAAGAUUGCCCCAGCCCCCAUGAAGAAAGUAGCCGGAGGGACCCCACGUAUGCCCCGAACCCGCGUCAAGCGUACCCCCAAGUCUACCCCCAAACAGCAGACCCUGGAUUCCUUUGAUACUUCUCCCACCUCGGCGUCCAGGCCCCGUGCCCUAGGCACGAAUCGCGAUGACACCGAUUUCCAAGCCCUUCCAGACUACUCCCCUCCCCUGGAGACGUUGGGCGGGAACGCCAAGGCACUCAAGGCAGACUGGAAGGGGCAAAUGUUGGAUUUGAGCAAUGACCCGGAUCGGCACCUGCUCAGUCCUGCCGAGCUCAAUCUGGCCUCGACACUCCGGCUGUCUUGUGCGACCUACCUCUGCAGCAAGCGCCGGAUCUUCGAAGCGCGCGUGCGUGCUCUCGGUGUGGGCAAGGAGUUCCGCAAGACCGAUGCGCAGCAGGCCUGCAAGAUUGACGUCAAUAAAGCUAGCAAACUCUGGACCGCCUACGACCGAGUGGGAUGGUUCAAGCCAGAAUACUUUCGUCAUCUGAGAUGA